CCUGCUGUUACUCGAGGGUCCCCUCCCAGCCUCUCAUUUUCUUUUUCUGUCUUUAACAAAGAUGGGACACAGAACACGUACUUCUACAAACAGUGUCUGAGUAGCUAUAAGAGUGACAUCGAAGUCCCCAUCUCCUUCACUGUUGGGAAUGGCAAGUAUGUGAGGAUCAACACCACACGAUGCAACACAGAUAACUGUAACUCGGCUGUACUUGGAGUGCCCACGGGGAGCACCACCAAGAAUGGGCUGCAGUGCCCAACCUGCUUCGCUCUGAACUUCACUCUCUGCAACAGCUCAGUCACCCCUUGUACCGGGGACGAGACCUAUUGCAUCGAUUUCACUGGGUUUCUAUACCAAGGUUCAUCUCGUUCACCAUUUCAAGCAAAAGGCUGCGCUACUGCGUCUGCUCAGGCCAUUAAACCUGGAGCCAACCUGGCUACUGCACUCUACACAUUUGACUUUUUUUGGGGGAAAUCUGUCCCAGCGGAGAAAAUACCCACGAACCCCCCGCCCAUAACCGCCACCUCCCGAGAAACACCCACUGCCACCCCCAGCACAACCACCACCACCACCCUCUCAACAACCACCACCACUCUCGCUACAACCACCGCCGCCAUCCCCAACGCAACCACCCCCCCCAAAAGAACUACCUCACCCAAAACAACCACCUCAUCCAAACCCGCCCGCCCCGCCCAUGCAACCCACAGUGGAGCCAGCCCGGCUCUGGGGAAAUUCUCCUUUGCCCUCUACCUGCCUGGCCUGACUGGGCUGCUGCUGGUGAAGCUGCUCUCCUGA